GGGUCUGUUUUCUAGGUGUCUAGCAACAGCUAUCAGCCCAGACAGCCGGCGGGCAACGGGAGCAGUAUUUCUACACUGUGUCUUCCCACGAUUAUUCGUUGCCAGGGGUGAUUAAAAAAAUAGAAAUAGUGAUAUAAAAAAACAACAACAACAACCCUGACCCCUGCACAGAGAUAUGAGCGGCAGCGGGCGGCCCAGGACCAGCUCGUUUGCUGAGCCGCCAGGUGUACCAGGAGCCUCCGCUGCGCCCGCCGGAACAGCCGCUGCCGUGGGGAGCAGCACAGGAAAGUCCGGGGUCGCGCAGGCCUCCGGCAGCAGCUCGUCGGGAUGCUCGAACCUAAAGCUCGCCCGAGACAGCGGGAAGGUGACGACGGUGGUGGCCACGCCGGGUCAGGGCCCGGACCGCCCACAGGAAGUCUCCUACACUGACAUCAAGGUGAUCGGCAACGGGUCCUUCGGAGUCGUAUACCAAGCUCGGCUCAUCGACAGCCAAGAGAUGGUGGCAAUCAAGAAGGUUCUGCAGGAUAAGAGGUUCAAGAAUCGGGAACUACAGAUCAUGAGGAAGCUGGACCACUGCAACAUAGUUCGACUACGUUACUUCUUCUACUCCAGUGGCGAGAAGAAAGAUGAAGUGUACCUCAACCUGGUGCUGGACUUUGUCCCUGAGACGGUCUACAGGGUUGCCAGACAUUUUAACAAGGCCAAGAGCAUCAUUCCUAUUAUAUAUGUGAAGGUGUACAUGUACCAGUUGUUUCGCAGUCUGGCUUACAUCCAUUCCCAGGGUGUGUGUCACAGAGACAUCAAACCCCAAAACCUGCUCGUCGACCCUGAAACUGCCAUCCUCAAGCUGUGUGACUUUGGCAGCGCCAAACAGCUGAUCCGCGGCGAACCCAACGUGUCGUAUAUCUGCUCGCGGUACUAUCGAGCCCCUGAGCUCAUUUUCGGUGCCACAGACUACACGGCAAACAUCGACAUCUGGUCAGCAGGCUGCGUACUGGCUGAGCUGCUGCUCGGACAGCCCAUAUUCCCUGGUGACAGCGGCGUGGACCAGCUAGUAGAGAUUAUCAAGGUGCUCGGCACGCCAACAAGGGAACAAAUCCGAGAGAUGAACCCAAACUACACAGAAUUCAAGUUCCCUCAGAUCAAAGCUCAUCCAUGGACCAAGGUGUUUAAACCACGAACCCCUCCAGAAGCCAUCGCUCUCUGCUCUCGGCUGCUGGAGUACACGCCGGCCUCACGCCUCUCUCCACUAGAGGCUUGUUCACAUGCCUUCUUCGAUGAGCUGCGUCUGCCUAACACACGACUGCCCAGUGGCCGAGAACUGCCAAUGCUCUUCAACUUCAGCACCACUGAGCUAUCAAUCCAGCCCCAGCUGAACUCAACCCUCAUUCCUCCUCACGCUCGCUCUCAUACAGCUGCUUCCGCCCACGAUGGUACCGGCUCAGAUUCCUCUCAGCACAGUUCAGUACCAGGAUCUCUUAACAGCAUCUGAAGCCGCCUGUCGCUGCCUGCCUGACAGCCCUCACCCUUAUCUCAGACACACACACACACACACACACACACACUUCACUUCACUUCACUGCUUUCCUCCGUGCUGCUUGCUCUCCUCUUAGAUUAUGUUUUUGUACAGUAACUGCAUUGAACAAACCAUUAGUUCCUUAGCUGCCAGGGGGGUUGAAACUGAGGCAGGAGAUUGUUACACACAAACACAGAGUUGUCUCGCUGCUGCUAAGGUGGUAUGUGAAGGUUCAAUAGUGGGGGCUGGUCCUCUGUAAUAUAACUUUUUUUUUUUUUUUUUUUUUUUUAAAUCAACAUUUUUUUUCCUCUCCCUUCUUUAUUUGUGUUUUAUUUAUUUUAAGAAAUGGAAAGCAUCAUGCUAUCACUCAUUUUGUCUCCUAAAGAGUUUUUGUUUUUCCCAUUUUUUUAUUAUAAUUAUUAUUAUUCAGUGUUUUUUUUUUUUAACAUACCUGUUGGUGUGUAAAGAGGUGAACUGCACACUGCCUGAGCAAAAACCAGAACUGACUCCAAAUAGGUCAUCAGGGUAAGAAAAAAAAAAAAAAAAAGAAAAAGAAAUGGAAAGUCAUUAUUCAACUCAGGAGAACGGAUGCAGGGACUGAUAAGUUCAUAAAGUCUUCAGUGACAUUAUUUUACCAACCGCAUGCCUGAUGUGAUGUUCAGGGUAAAAAUUAAACCUCCAGUCGUUGUGUAGUUACCUGCGAAGGUGGCUGGUGGAUGGGUUUUUUUGUUUUUUUUUCUCAUUUUUACAUUCUUAUCUUUAAAAAUCAUGUCUAAACCUGAAUUUAUGGCAAAGCAAUUAAAGAAGCCCGCCCCCCGAUCCUGAUUCACAACAUCCAGGAUGUUUGGAUGUAUAAAUAGGACUGAACACAAUCAGCCAACAGCCAAAUACAGACUCUGCCAGCUUUGUAUUCAGCCAGUCGUUUCCUACUUUACAGAUUUUUGUCUGGUAAAAAAAAAAAAAAAAGUGGAAGAAUAGCACCGUGACCUGUCCACAGAAAGAAUCCUAUUUUCUUUUUGGAUGCAUUACCACUCGCACUCAAACAUGGGUCAAAUCAACCACAGAUUUAUGCUCAGUCUUAGCUUGUAAUAGUGAUUUUAUUUUGUAUUUUACACAUCCAGGGAAAGGCAUCAAACAACACCUCUACUCAUACUCUUGUUCCUCGUCAACCACAAGAAACGUUUUUGUAAAUGUCACUCGUGAAGAAAAAUGUGUGAAUGCGACGCUCGGCAAGAAGCAGUUUGAGAUGAUACUGAUCUAGAUUUAAAAUAAGCUUUUUUUUUUAAUGUCAAAGUACUGUAGAGGCGCUCCUAGAUUACUGGACUUCAAUCCUGCUGCUUUGUGCUCAGAGCGCUUCCUGCUCUCCGUCGUAGCGAUCAGUAUCAGUUUAGUCGUCCGGGUUGAGGAUGACACGGCUUGAAAAGAAGAAGCAGCCGUAUCUAAUGAAUCUCAAUAGUCCAUUCUGUAUCAUAACAUCGAUAAUUUGUUACCAAAAUGUACUCGCUGAAAGAAAAAUAACCAAAAUGUACAUUGAUCCUUUUAACUCUCCGAAAGAGAAAACUCUGGCUAUACACAACAACUUUCAGUAGUUUCACGUGUUUUUGUGUCAGUGAGUCACAUCCUGAUGGAGAGAAACAGCGUUUUAUUGUGGAGGAAAAACAGCUGUGCUCAGAAAUGUCUUAAAGGUGUAUUCCACUAAAAUUGGCUAUAAUAUAUUAUCUGUUUUUAAACUUCAAAUUUCAAAGCAGGACUCCAGAGCUUUAGUGUCGUUAAAGGGGGUUACUGACAGUGGUUUUAAAAUCUGAUCAUGGUUUUAGAUAAAUUAAGGACCCCCUUGCUCUUACAUGUUUUCCUACUCAUCCCUUUUACAGUGUAUAAAUACAGAAUACGUUAAUACAUUAGGGAGGUUUUUGCCUGCUGUGAUCUUUUAAUUUUGCUCUAAAAAUCUGUUUUCAAUUCAUUUCUAAAUUCCCAGAAAGAAAGAAAAAAAGAAAACAAUUGGCACUUUUGGUGGAAUUCGCCUUUAAGCACAAAGAUCCUUCUUGUUCUGGUGUUUAGUGUAGAGAGAGAGAGAGAGAGCGAAGGAGAAAAAAAGUGUACUCCUACUCUGUGUGGAAACGAGCAAAAUGAUUGUUGGUCCUCCUGUUGAUUAAAAGCAGCAGACCAAACUAAACAAUGCUUGGAUCAGGAUUUCAUCAGCGGGGAGGAAAAAAAAUCUGUUGCUUUUAUUCGUACGUCAUGUAAAUCUGUUUAGUUUUUUUUUUUUGGAUGAGAGUUGGAUGUCAGUUAUCGGUAAAGUGGGUUUCAAACUGUACUUCAUGUCAAAUAUGAAAAAGACUGAAAACUUCUCCCUAGAGUUAUACAAGAAAUCAUCUUGUAGAAAAAAAAAAAAAAAAAAAAAAAAGUAGUCGAGGAUAAAAGAUAAAAUGGGACGUUUGCUUCAGUUCAUUAGUGCGGACGUGUACAGAAGCAACAUGGAUGAAAAAGGCUAAAUGUGAAUAGUAGCUAAAAACAUGAAUAUCAAAGCAGGUGAUCGUGUGUUUGUGUGAUCUUGUACUUCUAUUAUUGUGAGGACCAAUUUUGAAUUUAAUAAGAACGAGACAAGAAAAGAAAAAGAGGAGCCCAGAGAAAGCUAUCAUCUCAAUUAGCAUCCUCAUAAUAAGUAUAGAAAUACAAAUGUGUGUGUGUGUGUGUGUGUGUGUGUGUGUGUGUGUGUGUGUCUGACCAUACUCCAAACUGCAGUCUGAAAAAGCCAGUGUUUUAGGAUUUAGAGCAGUCAACAAUACAGAUUUUAGUAAAGCCGUGCAGACCACUUGAAAGUUUGUAGUAUAGUAUAUUUGAUACUAUCGUACCAUGCCUCCACCUGCUGUUUUUAAACUGCAUCCAUGUUGGUUUUGAACCUUUUUUUAAUACUAGUGACGGACUCUCUGAUGAGCCCCGAUGCUUUUUUAAUUCCACCACACUCGGCACAUUCACAUUAAUUAUAUAAAUAUAUAUAUGAGGAGAGUGGAGAGCUUCUUUUUUUUUCUUUUUUUCAUUCUCUUUCCUCAUCAAGGUUUUAAAAACUGGCGACCUCCCAGUCCAGUUGGGUCACUGCCGGAGAUAUUCUUCUGGUUUUCUUUCCUGUAAAGAGUCCAACCAGCAUGUUUGAUUAACUCAGCGGGGAGCGUGGGGUCGAUGCUGUUCACGCUCAGAGCUGUCAGACUCUCUGCGGCUAUGAAAAGGUGCGAGGAAUCAAACAUGGCUGAUUUUUCUCUUAUUUUUUUUUUCUCCCCCGUUCCUCCUCUUCACUUUCCUGUCUUCUCUUCUCGCACGUGUAAAUAUCACUGAUUUUUAUUUUUUUUUCUCUCUCCUCUUUUUACUUUUUAUUACAGAGUUGUUUAUAUCUUAUUUCCCUCUCAUUCUGUCGAUGAAGCCGUCUUAAUUUGUGCAUUUUUGUAAAUACGUUUCUUUUUUCACGAUUCCAAAAAUGUGUAAAUAUUGCAAAAGAGAAAAGGUUAAAAAAAAAGAAAACAAAAAAAAAAACAGCCUAAGCCUCAUGUUUGUUGAUGAUCUUUCUCUUUCUCUCUCUCUCUCUCUCGCUCGCCCUCUCUCACUCUCUCUAUUUUUCUUGUAGUCCAGUGAAAAUUGUAAAGUAAGUUAACUCAACCCUGUUCAGUCCUCUGUGGGACUUUCUGAUUGUUGAAUGAAUACGUCGAAGACUCUCUUCCAAAAAUUAUCUCUAUCUUCUUCUGGGUGGAAAAUACAUACACAAAUUUCAGUGUGCUGAUUUUUUUUUUUUUUUUUUAAAGCACCUUACUGGAAGUGGCUCGUAAGUGACUCAGAAUCACACUUUCUCACGUUUAACACCAGCCAACCUGCGCCGCCUCCGAGGAUCUUACUCAAUCCACAUUGCUUAUUUCAUUUUAUAGUUUAAUUUUGACCUCCAGUAUCUUCCUGCCUUUUUUUUUUUUAUUAUUCCUGCAGUUAAAAUCUGAUUACAACCUCCCUCCUGCUUCCAAAGUAACCAAAAAAAGAGGAAACGCAGUCACAUACACAGUUAUAUUUAAAUUGUAAAAAAAAAAAAGUAAAGCUUGAAAAGAGACAAAAAGCUGCUGCAGUUUCUACCUACCUUACCUAACCAUGACAAGCUUUUGGCACACUUACCACGUAGUAGAUAGUCAUAAUUUUGGAACAGAGCUCCUUUUUCUUAGUGUGUCGUAUCAGAUUGCAAUAUAUGAUUACUGUGCAGUAUUGAGAAAUAACGAUAAAUAAAUAAAUAAAUAAAAAGCUACAAGUCAAUGGCAUUUUCAGAGAAAGUGCAACAUCGUGACUUGAGUGAUCACAAAAGUGUUUAGUUGGACUUAGAAGUCGCAUUACGAUGUCCGGCUAGUACUUAACGUGGGCAUUUUUUUAUGUAUUAUGUGCUGUACGGCAUUCAGAAUUGCUGCUAAAGAUCACGAGAGAAGCAGAAGUAGAUAUUUGUAUUGCGACUGACUGCAGACAGAAGCUUAUUUUGCUGUUUGUGUGUGUGUGUGUGCGUGUGCGCGCGUGUGUGUGUGUGUGUGUGACCAGGCAUCAUGCAGACAUGUUCAAAUUCUUCUAACUUCCUGUUUUUCCUGUUAUUCUCUACUUCAUUUACACCACCUUAAGGGGAUCACUGCAUCUCUUUAAGUGGAUAAAUCACUUUGUUCUUGUCUGCUUUUAAUUUUUUCCAGUUCAAUGCUGUCGACUUUGAUUUCAUUUAUUUUCCCCCUGGUGGAUAGAUGUGUCAGAGAGAGAGAGAGAGAGAGAGAGGGAGGGAGAGGGUGAGAGAGAGAAAGAAAAAAACAAACCUGUUUGUCUCUGUUCUGUGUGUUGUAUGAUAUGGACUCAUUUACUGUAAUAAAGUGAUGAAACUGUG